CAAAAAUUGCUUUUUCAAAUCAGUUCUUCUGAGAGUGGUGGUGGUGCAGGACCAAAACAUCUAGUCGCACAGAAAGCUGAAGUGAAAUCGUCUUUUUUGCAUAUGCUGUUUACAGGGUAUAUUCAAAAGAACAGAUACCUUUUGUACUUUCCCGGCUGCCGGCCAAAAUUCCCAAUGGCCUAUCAGCUGCUGCUCUGCUGGCAGCUAAAAACAUUAGUGUGAUUAACUUUCCAAAUCUCGACGCCAUAUUUUCCAGCCAAACGUGAUGGAAUCAGAGCAUCUACAUACGCAUCUUUGAUAAAAUGUUGAAGAAACUGGAAUUUGUUUUACGACCGUAAGUGAUCUGACUUCCGUAUUCAUAAUAGAAAUGAAAAACUUUUUGGACAUAUUCCAAAAGAAUUGAUCGAGUUACAUAUAAACUGACGGAUGAGUAAGUAGAGCAAAACUGAAGAUGAUGAGCGAUCGACGGCGUGAGCCAAGAUGAAUGACUAAUCACGUGACUGGAAGAGAUUAGGAGAAAGCGGUACCUGCCUCACCUGGAUAUAAGACGGCGUCAGUAUGUUCAUAUCAUGUCAGUGAGUUUCUUGAGCUUGUCUUAAAUAUAUUGCAUCUCAUUGUUGCAAGAAAAUAGAUACAGUCAAAGAAGAAUCAUGUGCAAGGUGUUUAUUCCAGUGAUGCUGACGUUGCUCAGUCUCUUAGCCCUAUCAAUUGCCGAACGCAGAUUGGAUAAUGCGAAAGAAUUGAUAGAAGCUCGUGACGGUCAUGGCGAGGAACAUCGUCCAAAGAAACUAUUUGGCAAAUUUAAACGACCAAAAUCUCAGUACGGUCCACCAAAAGCACAUCAUCAACCGAAGAAACCUCAGUAUGGACCGCCUCCACACGUUUAUGGUCCACCACAUCCUGUCGGCCCGCCAAGCCAAACUUAUGGACACCCGAAACCAGUACAUCCUCCACCGCAGGCAAAUUAUCAAACUCCAGCUUACCACCCACCUCAACCGGUUGCGUACAGCCGGCCAGGUCCUACUUACAGCCAUCCCCCCAAAUCGAGUUAUGGACCUCCCACGUACGCAAGCCCUCCGCAGAUCGUUUACAAUCGACCUAGUCCUGUUUACCCUAAGCCGGCACCAAGUCCGCCUGUAAACCCCGUCUACAAUCCACCACAGCCUGUUUACCCUCAGCCAGUAGCAACUUACAGCCAGCCUGCGCCCGCUAAACCAGAAGUGACUUACAGUCCACCAGCACCUUCGUAUGGUCAAGUUCAGGUAAAUCAUCAACCAGCUUCUUAUGGUUCGCCGGAUCUCGACGACAGUCACGAAGAUGAUCGCAAACCAUCCGACGAUCUUCCACUAACAUCUGUCUACAACGUACCGCAUUCAGCACAUGUCGAACUGCCUACUCCGACUUAUGGAUCAGUCAAACCGUAUGAACCAGCUGAACCAAAGCCGAUCGUGACGCCAGUUUUCAUCAAAGCCGAGUUGACGGGUAAUCGUUAUCAACAAUCAGCAGAAAAACUUCCAGAAACUCCUGUUUACAAGCCUCCAUCAUCGGCUUACAGCUCGUCGCAAUUAGAAGAUGAUCCUCCAAAGCAAACUGAAUAUAAUCCUAAAAAACCUUCGUACUCAGAUGAUACGAGCGACGAUCUUUCAGCAGUUGAACCUUCUGUUACCGGUUCAACAGGUUCAUCUAACUACGACGACGAUGGCAAAUUUUCGCCACCAAACGAGUCUGACUUCCCUUCGCUUUUUGAUCCCUCAAGUAAUUUUUACAAGCAAUCAGAAAACGCGCCAGACACAAACGAAGAUUCUGAUUUCGGAUUCUUUCAACUUGGCAUUUUCCCGAAAACGAGCAGUUUCUUCGAACAGAAUUAUAAGGGUUAAUCAAUUGAAUGGUAAUAUUUCCCGUUGUGUUAAAAUGAUGCCAUAAUCGAGAGGAUGACACACACACACACCUCCGCAAAAUGGAUUAUUUUUUAAACUGAUGAGCUGAAUGAGCAAAAUACUUCAAUCCAAUUUUUUUUUUUUUUUGCAGUUUUAUUUUGUUAUCUAAACGAGGUGAAGAGCUCCCAUCAAUCUUCCAGUACUGUAUAAAUAAUUUGAAAAAAUGCGUUUCUUUAUUAUUUUUUUUUGUUUUGAAAAUAUUUCCGUGGGAUUGGUAACCAUUUCAAGAAUAAUGUAUCAUCGUGAAAUGUCAGAGGAAUGUUGAGCAAAUUAUAGACUUCAUGACAUGUUCCACAAUGUCUGUCAACAGGAAGGUAACUAUAAUUGCUUACAAAAGAAUGUGAUUAGCGUUGUUUGUCUUUGUACCAAAUUUGGUCAAUUCGUUACAAUAAAUCGUUGAAAUGUUAA